UUGUGCGAGCUGGCAGAUUUGGCCACGGGGUCAACAAUAAUGCAGUGUGGGUUAAACGAAGCGAAUGUACGACCGUUGUGUGUGAGCAGGCUGUAGGAUACAGUGCUGCCAUUAACGUACUGUAAGCUGCGUGUGCGCGUACACGUAGGUGUUGUAAAACUUUCAGCUGGCGAGCGCAACUUUUCUUAUUUGUUUUGAGCUCCCUUUGUUACCCGACCGCUGUGUUUUUGUGGAUUCACCCCCAGUUCCUUUUGGCUUGAAAGCGUUGUCUGCGCUCUCUGGACCUGAUGUGCGUUCUGCAGAAGCUCGUCCACCCUCCCUUCAAAAAUUGCGACGGUAGCUAGCCUUGGAGAGUUUGUCCCCGAUGUCGCAGGAUACGAGCAGGGUGCCGUGUUUCAAGUUCUUGGGUAUUGUCUGGCAACAGGUGCGCUAGUCCUCAACGGAAGCCCUUUAUGUAGAAGACCAUGGAGGUGAUACUUGGUGGAAUACUUAACGGGACUGACUAUGACUAUAAGGAGGACUAUGAGUAUAUAGAGGACCCUGAGCAAAAUGGCAGUGAGGUUCCUGUGUUUCUCCUGGCUCUAUACACAGUGGUGGUGGUUGUAGGGCUUUUGGGGAAUGCACUGCUUCUGCGUGUUCUGGCUCAGAAGAGGCAGUAUUGGAGGAUAUCAGACACUUUCAUCCUCCACAUGGGUGUCACCGACAUCCUGCUGCUGUUGACGCUCCCCUUCUGGGCUGUACAGGCCAAUCAACCUUCUGGAUGGUGCUUUGGGGUUGUUCUGUGCAAGAUCUGUGGAGCCGUUUUCAGUAUCAACUUCUACAGUGGGAUCUUUCUGCUGGUUUGCAUCAGUCUAGAUCGCUGCCUGUCCAUCAUCUACUCUACACAGCUGUUCUCACGCAAGAAGCCUGUGUUAGCUCAUAUCAGCUGCCUUUUAGUCUGGAUCAUCUCCCUGCUCCUCAGCAUCCCUGACUUUAUUUUCCUGGUGGCUGAGAAGGAUCAAGCAGAAGCAAAUACACUGUGUGAUCACAACUACUCUGACUGGUUGCUGUUGUCACGCCUGCUCCACCUCACAGUGGGCUUCCUUCUACCUGUUGUCACCCUGAUCAUCUGCUGCUCCUGUUUCCUGCUAUGGCCACGGCACAGUUCUAAAGGCCUCCUGAAGCAGAGAACCAUCAUCCUAGCCCUAGUGGUGGUCUUCUUUUGCUUCUGGGUGCCAUACAACAUCACACUCAUUGUGGACACCUACAGGAACAGAUCUAAGGAACCUCUUGGUUUAUCUAAAAAUCAAGGUUCCCUGCAAACUGCUCUGAAGGUCACAUCUGUUCUGGCCUGUAUCCAUGCCUGCCUCAGGCCUCUGCUCUAUCUCGGCCUGUGUGGAAACUUCAGGAAAAGGGCUCUGGCCAUACUGAGAUGUGCUACAUUAGAGCCUAAAAGCUCGGUGUGGGAGCUGGGUGUUGGUGAGGAAGUCCUGUGUGACCAGGGUCAGGAGGAGGAAGAAAUGAAACAGAUGACAAUUGCCACAUCAGGUGCAAGUUAACUGAUGAACACAGAAAUACCCUACAGUGACUCGGCAGAUACUUAGUGUUCUACCCUAGAGGGGAAUUUAGUGUGAACACAUGCAAGUAAUGAGGGGGAGGACUGUAUUCUCUGUAAUGAUGAUAAAUAUAUAUUCUAAAAAAAAACAACAACCUCGCAUUACACUAAAGAAGCCAUGUCAUAGUGACGUAUGCUAUUGUGCUUUUAUUUUGUAAUCACUAUUGCACAACUUUAGCAUCUACCCCCCAAAAUCAUGCAGAUGCAUACAUUUUUAUUGUGUAUUAAUAUUCUUAUUAUUGAAAGAAAACUGGUUUUACAUUAUUUUAUAUACACGAUAAGCCAUAACAUUAUGAUCACUGUCAGAUGAAAUUAAUACCGCUAUCUCGUUACAAUGGCACCUGUCAGUGUGUGGGGUAUACUGGGCAGUGAACAUUAUAAGUGAACAUUC